AUGCAAGACGAUUUGGCGAGGUAUGGCAAGGACGACCUGAUAGCCGAAGCGUUGAGGAACGAGGCUUCCGACCUCAGGAAAUUUGCCAAGAGGAUCGAAGGAGAUCUCCGCAAGGUCGAGAGAGAGUCGAUAUCAGACUACGUGCAAGAGAGCGAGAAUCUUGCAAAGCUGCACAUGAAGAUUAAGGACUGUGACGAUGUGCUGGCGAACAUGCAGUCCCUCCUUGGCAGCUUCCAAUCCGACCUCGGGAAGGUCAACAUGGAGAUCAAAAGCCUGCAAGAGCGAGCGACGGACCUCUCUGUGAAGACAAACAAUCGCAAGAAGGUCGAGAGUCAGCUGGUGGGUCGAAUAGAUAAUAUGCUGGUGUCUUCGGAACUUAUCGAGAAGAUCACCGAGACAGAGGUGGUCGUUAUCGUCCCUUUCUGCCUUUUGACUUGUCGCGGUCAUUCUUGUCGAUGUUGGUUUCAGGUCUGUGAUGCAUACAUGGAAUAUCUCCUCAUGUUGAGGAAGAAAGUUAGCUUCGUAAACAGUGAGAAGGCAAAGGAGGUCGGUUGCAACGCGUAUGUGAAGCCUGUGCUGGAGAUGCUGCGUCUGAAAGCUGUUGAGAAGAUCAGGAGUUUUUUACUCCACAAGAUUUAUGCUCUUGGGAAGCCCAAGACUAACUUCCAGAUCUUACAGCAAAACGUGCUGAUGAAGUUUAAGUAUCUCAUCCAAUUCCUACACGAUCAUGAUCAGGAGAUUUACCAUGAGGUUUUGGAAGAAUACAUCAACACCAUGGGGCAGAUCUACCUGCAGCACUUCAAAGCGCACACAAGGCACCUGUGUCGAUGCCAAGUUGAGACAAUGACGAUAUCAGACACGAUAGUUCAGACCGAAGAAAGCAUUUCGUUCUCCUCUCCCGUUGCCGUUCGCUCGCUCUUCUCCGUUCCUGCACUUGGGGGCAUUGCAAACAUGGUUGGCGCAAGUCAGCCUGCUCCGAUGGCAGACCGAUCAAGAGAUACGAGCAUCUUCUGCCUUGGAGAUCGAGAUUGUGUCCUCAAGGGAGACGGAGUUGACGUGUUGAUGCGAGUGGUGGCGGAGAAGGGCAAACAGCGACCGGAGGUUGUUUUCAAAGGAGCCCUGAUGCUGGUCACAUCAGGCGCCUCGUCCGAGCAGAUGUUCAUUUCCGAGUUCUUUCAAAGUCCCAACGUUCUGGGGAAGAUCUUCAAACCUGCGUUCUCAGUCAUCGACGAAUUCUUCAAGGCCCAGAUAGAGCAAUGUUUCGACCCUCUAGGGCUCCUGCUCAUGAUCCGGGUCACUCAGGAGAUGAGGAACAAACUGGAGCAGCUGCAGCUGAAUAAUCUCUUCCCUUUCGUGGACUCGAUCAUCAUGAUCUUGUGGCCGAGGAAGUCGUCAGGUUCAAGAGCCUCCUCGACGUUCAGAUGGCUCCUCCUCCUUCUCCUCAUCCUCAUCCUCAUCCUCCACCUCUUCCGCGUCCGCCUCCCCCGUCAUGACCUGUCGCUGAAGGGACUGGCAGGUACCGUGAGGAGCGCGAACGCUAGCGCACUUAUCAGCGAGGGAUGCGAGAAGUAUCCUCAUCAUGUUACCCGGCGGUAUGCAGAGCUGACAGCCUCCCUGAUCCAACUGAGGAAUGCAGCCUCUGCUGAGAUGCUCGAUCACUCUCUCAACUUCAUGAGAAGUGAGAUCGACAGUUUGAUGAUCCGCAUGUCUCAUUGCUUCAAGAACUUCCUGAGACAACACAUCUUCAUCAUCAACCAGGUCGACGCCAUCAUCACCACCUACGUCGACCGAUCACUGCCCGCUGACUGUCAAACUUUCUUCCACCAAAAGCUGGAGUCAGAGAUCAACAUCUUCGUGGAGGAAGAACUUGUGGAGCGGUAG